GACGCGAUGACGUCACUGCGGAAACCUAGCGCUCGGGGAAACAUUUCGUAAAACCAAGUUCAAAGAAUUUGUUGUUGUUGUGGCGGCUUUUACGAAAUAGUCAGGUUACCAAAAAAAUAUCAGACCACCGAACAACAUCUUUGAACGGGAAAAAACAUAUUCGAAGGACAACAAAAAUGGGGCGCAGAAAAUCCAAGAGAAAGCCCCCCCCCAAGAAAAAAAUGACCGGCAACUUGGACACCCAGUUCACGUGCCCGUUUUGUAACCACGAAAAGUCGUGCGAUGUGAAAAUGGAGCGAACACGGAACACAGGAAUUAUAUCAUGCAGCGUUUGCUUGGAGGAGUUCCAGACUCCUAUAACCUAUCUGUCAGAACCAGUGGAUGUUUACAGUGACUGGAUCGAUGCAUGCGAAGCAGCCAAUCAGUGAUCAUUUCCUCUCCAAUCAACUGGUACAACAACAAGUUCUUGUUUUGUUAGCACCGUCGAUACACAGUAUUUACCUAAACGCCACAUUGAGCGCUGAUUCCUAUGUCAACUGUGCCACCAUAUCGGAUGUGGCAAAAUGGUUUUUGCUUGGAGAUGGAGCAAUCGUUUGACAUUCAAAGUCAGCGCUCAUGGGAUUACCUUUCACAGGUGAGACUGAACAAGGACCUUUCAUUGUAUUUGGCCAUUUUCAGGGGCUAUGUCUUUUAAGGACAUGCAUAUCCACAGUAAGUGCAAAAUAGAAACUUAAAUUAGCUGCUAAUUUAAUAGUCACCCGGUAGCUUGCCAUAAGAAGCUGAAAACCCAAAGAAUGAAUCGACAGUAUAUGAGGUUAACAUUAGUGUGCACAAACAAUGAGCAACCCCUCUCCAACUAUUAGCAUGUAUCAAAUUAGCUUGUAGGCUGCAUCUCACUAAAGAAGUGACUUUCAGCUUUUCCCUGUCAGGCGCCGAUUUGUUUGUCUGAUGUAGGGUUACGGUUAGUUUUUUUUUAUUUUUUUAUCCGGGCUUUAAUAAACCCAUUUGCACGUGGAAUCAAGAACAGUGCGCAGAGAGCUUCGUGGAAUGGGUUUCCAUGGCCGAUCAGCUGCAUCCAAGCCACGCAUCACCAAGUGCAAAGCAAAGCGUCGGAUGCAGCGGUGUACAGCGCUCAAGAGGAAGGGAGACGCGUUCUCCGGAGUGACGAAUGAUGCUUCUCCAUCUGGCAGUCUGAUGGAUGGGUCUGGGUUCGGCAGUGAAAGGAAGCGAAUGCUUCGGCGUACCAAGGGAUUUUGUACAAUUCCAUGCUUCCAACUUUGUGGUAACAGUUUGGAAGUGGCCCUUUCCUCUUCCAACAUGACUGUGUUAAAGCGACUUAGCUGAGUUUUUCUGAUUUCCCCCCACAGCCCUAGUAUAAGCUCAACAGAGUAAGAAUGCUUGUACACAUUUAUUAGUGACUGAAGCUCAAUGACAGUAAAGCAUAAGCGCAGAUAAAUAAAUGCCUAAUGGCCACACUUGAACACAAAUACCAUGCUUGCCAGCAGAAUGAUUGCACACAAAAUGUCAAUGAAUAGAAACAUUUUCAAAGUAUUUUCUAAAAUCCCAAACCUCUGAUUUCAGCCUCUCCAGUGUGAAUACUGUACUGACCGAUUUCCUUUCGUCCUCCAUGAAAGCAGACAAAUUGUCUGAUGGGGUCUUGCUCAAGGACAGUAGCCAGAAAGCAGACGACAAUCUGUCCAACAACCAGUUGCUAUUUUUACUUUUGACAUUUGUCCCCAGUGGGUAUCGAACUCCGGCUCCAAAGUUCAAGUUCUUUCUGAUGAGGUAGUGGAGUAAACAUUCAUACUCAUCAGAUAAAAAGUUACGUACGUUUUUUUGGGGUGUCUAAUCUAUCCGUUUCCCAAAUACAUUUGUGCGCGUGUGGACGGGUAAACGGGAGGCAUUAACUUCAAGCACUCUGUAGUCCAUUUGCGUAAUUGCAUUCGUUUACAGGGCAGAACUUCCACAUCAAAUAUGGCAGACAGACUGACAUAACGCAACAAUGCGCCUAUGUAUACAGUAUCCUGUAUAUCUAUGGUUAGCACUAUGAAAUAUUUUCUUGAAAUAUGUAAUGUGUUGUUUCAUUGAACCUCAUUUAGACUUCUAAACCCUUAAUAUUUACUACAUCCAUGUAUUAAACCCAGCAUUAUGCAAGUAUGUGUUGGGAUUUGUUCUCUCUUAGGACCAAAUAGCCAUGAAACAUGAUAUUUCCGUCACUGUUCUUAUACGUUAUAUACUCACCACUGGUAUUAGUUCUCAUUAGUAUGUGAUCUUUUUCAGUGUUGAUUUUAAUCCUAUCAUUGAUACAAACGCUACUGUGUAAUACAUGCCAAUGUCUUAAGGUCAAGUGUGUACAGACAGGCAAGUGAUGAGUGAAGGGGGGCGGGGGGAAUGAUUUAUAUAUAUAUAUAUAUAUAUAUAUAAAAUGAUCGGUGUGCAGAUCUGGUAUUGUCUGUGUACCGCACCAGUUCGAGAUUUGAAUUCUUUUUCGAAUCACAUCUUUCCCAUUUAUAUUUUGCAUGCAUUUUAAGAUCAUUACAGCAAAUCAGAAUUUUUGUUUUCAAGUGAUUUUUAUUGCACAAAUGUCAUGUUUAGUGAAAGCCAGUAUAUAAGAAAGACAAUAUUGUUGAAACACAGCCUACUCAUGAAAGGUGACAUUUUACCAUUGACUCAACAUUUUUAUAUAUUUUAGAUUACACAGAUUCAUAAAUUCACUGUAAAAAUGCUAAUCUUCAUUGCUCGCAUUCAUUUUAUUCAAUUAAAGGAAUGUUCAAAGAUUUGACUGACAACUCGGCACACGCUUUUUGUCUUGUGUGAAACUUUCAAAACACUAGAUGGUGUCCUACUCCAAGCUGCAAGGCUACCAAU